CACCUCGGGUACAAAUGCACACUGCAGUCCAGCCUGCCCCUUGUCCCUUCCUGAGCCUGGUGGACGGCCAUCUCUGAGGUGUCCACAGUGGGACAGAGACCCGGCAGCAGCAAUGCAGCUCUUUCUGCUCCUGUGCCUGACCUCCCUCAGCCUUCAGGGCGCCCCCUUCCGCCGCCUCCGGGCCAAGAAGCAGCAGCCUGGGGAGCCCAGUGGCAGGGCCUUUGCCUUGGAGCUGUACAGGGGCCUGGCUUCUGCCUCCCCUGGCCAGAACGUCAUCUUUUCCCCGCUGAGCGUGUCCACGAUCCUGGCCAUACUGUCCAUGGGGGCCAAAGGCAACACCCAGGCACAGAUCCUGAAGGCUCUGGGCUUCAACCCCCAGCGCCAAACAGCAGCCGAGUUCCACUACGGCUUCCAGCGUCAGCUGGCGGAGCUCACAAGCCCCAGAAAUGGCUUCGAGCUGAACCUCGGCAACGCCCUUUUCAUCAGUGAGGGGCUGGACAUCGACAACGUCUUCCAGCUUGCCAUAAAGGACACGUACCUGGCUGACAUUUAUACGGCCAACUUCACGGACCCCGCAGCAGCCCAGAAGCAGAUCAAUGACUAUGUGGCCAGGCAAACCCAGGGCAAGAUUGCAGACCUGAUCCAGAGCCUUGACAGCACUGACAUCACGGUGAUGGUAAAUUACAUUUCCUUUAAAGCUAAGUGGGAGAUUGGCUUCAACAACAAAACAACUCAGAAUCAGGACUUCUAUGUGACCCGGAAGAAGAAGCUACAGGUGCCCAUGAUGAAACACGAGGAUCAGUAUUUCUACUUCCAAGACAAGGAGCUCUCCUGCACAGUGGUGGGCAUCCCCUACGAAGGCAAUACCACCGCCUACUUCAUUCUCCCCAACCAGGGCAAGAUGGAGCAGGUGGAGAAUAAUCUAAGGGAGAAAAAGCUGCAGAAGUGGACUGAGAUGUUGACCCAGAGGCGCCUCAAACUUUAUCUCCCCAAGUUCUCCAUUGAGGGUUCCUACCACCUGGAGAAAUUCUUCCCCAAGCUGGGCAUCAGGGACAUCUUCACCAGCAAUGCUAAUCUGUCUGGCAUCUUCAAGCACUCCGAAGUCAAGCUGUCUCGGGUGGUGCACAAAGCUGUGGUGGAGGUGGACGAGUCAGGAACCAGGGCGGCGUCAGGCACUGGGUCAGUCUUCAGCUUCCGAUCAGCCUAUCCGAACUCCAGGACCAUCUUCUUCAAUAGGCCCUUUCUGUUAGUCAUUGUGGAGAACAUGAACAUCCUCUUCUUUAGCAAAGUGGCCCAGCCCUGAGGUAGGGCCUUUUCACAGGCCUGCGUGGAUCCAGGUAGGGGCAGAGCUGUGUUCUAGCCUGCCUGUCUGCUGGUAGCUAGAGAUUUACCUAGAUUUAGUUACUAAAGAGGUGUCAAGUAAUCCUAAGAAGAUCAAUAAGCUGGUGAUCACAGCCUGUCACUCAGCUGCAAGACAUAGGUGGCUUGGAGUGGAGAUGAGCACAGAGGUCCCAGAAAAUCCAGGAUGCUUUCACCUGCCCACAUUCACAUAGCAUAUUAGCAACACCUACAGGCCCAGAGUCCAAGUCCCUGAGGCUGAGUCUAGUGCUCAAAAACCCCUGUGACAGCAUGAUCCCAGCAGGUGUGGGCCACCAGGAAGCAUUCUGCAAGCCUGGUCUCCCAUCUGUGAGCACCCCAGCUGUCAGUUCAUCCUGGUGUGGGGAGAACACUGGAUUGAGGUGUGCAGUGGAGCCAUUGUCCCUGCUGUAACCCACUGUGUGGCACUGGCAUAGCACUGUCUCUCUCUGGACCUCUUCUUCAUGUAUACAGCCAAGGAUCAGGGCAAGGUUCCCAUUCAAGGUCCCUGGAUGUCACUAAGAGGUGGGCCUGUUUGUGCCAACCCUGGUCAAUUUCAGUACAGUCAGGAGUUAAGUGAAGCAGUUGGGCAUCAGGUUGGACUUGUCCCAGUGCAGGAUGGUGCCAUCCCACAAAUCAAGCUGUAACCUUCUGGGCCUGGCUGGUGUGAGAGAAUUGAGGUCUACACCAACCAUAGAGGGUCGAUUGCAGACACUAUGGCUAACCUGCUGAAUUUUAUGUUAGCUUCUACAAUAAAGCAUUUUGCAAA